GCCGAGAGCGAGCCGUGACUGUCGUGAGCCCCGCAGUGCUGGCCGCAGCGAUGCGUGUGGGUGCUGCGGGAAUCGCGGACUGAUGUACAGCUGGACCCUUAGUGGACCUGGGGAACGGCUGCGGACUGCUGAACCUCCUGCAAAUCAGGAGCUCUGGAGAGAGGCGCGACUGUCCCUCGCUGGGCUGAAUUGGAUCCACCUAUCCACAAGCUCCCUUGCCUCAUGGCGGCCCUGCUUGCCCUGUUCCUGGUGGCCCUGGUGGGCCUGCCUCUGGCCCAAGCCCUGGAGUGCCACGUGUGUAGCUACAAUGGAGACAACUGCUUCAACCCCAUACGUUGCCCGGCCAUGGUUAGAUACUGCAUGACCACACGUACCUACUAUACUCCAUACAGAAUGAAGGUGAGCAAGUCCUGUGUGCCACAAUGCUUCGAGACCGUGUAUGAUGGCUACUCCAAGCAUGCAUCCACCAGCUCCUGCUGCCAGUAUGACCUCUGCAAUGGUGCUGGCCUUGCUGCCCCAGGGACCCUGGGCUUGGCUCCUAUUCUUCUGACCACCGUAUGGCGUCUUCUCUAAGCCCUGCUUUCCCCAGCAGGCCCACUCAAGGACAAGCCUUGGAUUGGACAGUUGCACCCUCUCACACUGCAUACAUACCCUGCCCUGCUGUCCACCAUCUGAGACCCCUCAACUGCACCAGAUCUCAUGACUCACUGGAAGAGGACUCCUAUCUUGCAGCCACACCAGGCCUCAUUUCCAGGCUGAGACCUAUCAUUGUCAGAGGGCUGGUGUGUGGGACUGGACCUCCCCAAAGGGUCAGGCCUUGGUGGGCAGACUGGGGAGGGUCCUCCUGCUUCAGGGGCAGGGGGAGUCAAUUAGCCUGGGAACUCUUAUUUAAUGGGAAACUUCUGUGCAGCAAGACCCUGCCACGAUCUACAAAGUAGGUGAUAAGUGUGCUGGAGGGGGAGGGAAGAUUAGGAACCUGCUGAGGGGCGGGUAGGAUCCAGCAGAGAUUUCUCUGCUUCCUCCUGAGGUCAGCAGCUGUCCAGGGCAGGUAUGGGAUGAGGCCACAUGUGAGGCCUUUAUCACCCUACAGCUGUCCCAGGAAGUGUGCCAGACCUGGUGUCAGAGCAGCUCUUGGCUUAGGAGAAAAUGGCUCUGCCUCAGCAGGGCUCUGAGGCCCCUCCAUCCCCAGAAGCCAUCCUAGGUGCAGGGUGGGUGGCAUCUUGUACAGCCAGAUGCCUUGACCUCUCCACCUCUGCCCCCACCCUGAGUUCAAGCCAGUGGCCCUGCUAUAUUUGGCCCCUGAAAGCCAGACUAUUCUGGGCAGAACAGCACUGCAAGUUCUGCAGGGAAAGGGGAGGAGUGUACCCAUGUGACAAGUGGCUGGAAGAGGGACAGGGUGAGGCUGGCUGGCCAACAGGGGUGGGGCGAGGGAACAGCACACCAGUCCAAGCCCACUGCCUACUUCCUACAGGCUGGCUCAUCUCUAUUCAUAGAUCCCUAGGUCACCCCCAGCAGAACAAGGUCCAGCCCAGGUCUGCACCAGGUGCUUGGGGAUCCUGUGGGCCCCUUCCAUCCUGAAGUCCAUGGGGAGAGUUUGCAGUCUACCCUGGGCUGAAGCACCCCACUUCUCUAAGCACGAUUGGUUGUUCCCUAAGAAUACAACUGCAGAACAGAAUUGGGAGAUCCAGUUUUGCCUGACACCAUGAUCUGAAUGUGGGUGGCCUGAGGAGCACCUGCCUCCUCCUGAGGGAGUGGUGCAGCCAUCCUCAUCCAUGGUACUCCUGCUCAGGUGUAGCUGAGGGACCCCUCCAGUGGCCCAGCCCAGGAGGACAGGUGAGCAAUAGUCUCCUGUCCCUAGCCCCAAACGCAGCCCUCUUGUAAGACCCCUGUUGUGCUGCAUGCAGCCUGAGAGCUGCUUGCACCUGUUCCCAGAGUGGGCUCAGGACCCAGGUCUCCCGCCUGUGGGCUCUGCUCUCUAACCUUUUACAGGUCUGGAGCUCUAGACCUGGGGCUGGGGGUAAUUUUCUGCCUCAGUUUUUCCUGUAAAGGACAGAUUUAGGGGUAGAAGGUGGAGCUGAAGGGCCUUGGUGGGGGGACAUUUCACUUUCCAGAGGAAUUGUGAACUUCAUUCAAGGAAAGGAGAUGGGAAGGGACAAAUACAGGCUUGGUAGAUAGACACACACACACACACACACACACACACACACACACACGUGGGGGUAGAGGGCUGAGCCCAGAGAAGUGCUGUGGUCUACAGCCUCCUUCCCUGAGUAUCCCAUCAGCAAGCAGCAGCCUUGGCAUGGUGACCAUUGCAGGCCCAGGGCCUGCUGGGAAGAGCCAGGUGAGGCCCUGAGUCAGUGGGAGGUCCCAAGGAACUGUUAUCACCUUACUUGUGCAAGUCCAUUGCACAAGUGGUGUCCUCAGCCAGAGCUGGGAGGGCCCCAAAUGGGUCUUCCUUUUGUCUCCAUGGAAUGCCAUGUCACCUGUGGGCUCAGGGUGUUGGGAGCACCUGUCCAAGUGCCACAGUGACCAUGCUGUCACCAGCCUGAGUUCCCCAAGACCAAUAUCCUGCUUAUCUGGCCUGUCCUUGGUCCUGUCACGUGCCCAACACAGGAGGUUCCCAAUCAAUGGGAGGUGAUGGCACUGCAUUUUGGGGAAACUGAGGCAGUGGUAGUGGCUGGCCUGUCCUGGUCGUACGUAGGGUGUUGUGAUCAACACCCAUCUACUCCCUUGACUCAUGGCUCAAGUGCUGCAGGGCAGCCUGCAAGCUGGGGAACAGUCAUGAUCCUUGGACAGUGGCAAAACCAAGGCACAGGCAGAUGAAGCCAUUGGCUGCCCCCAGGCCACCUGGCUCCCUGCAUACUCUCACCUCACUUACUAUGCCCUUUUUUCCCACCAGUGGGAUUCACUGGGGUGCUGCAUCCCCAUCCCAGGGAGGGGUACAGUGGUUUUCUAACCUUCAGAAAAUCUUAACAUAUUAGGUUCUUCUAGAACUGGAAAGUUUAGGGAGGAAAUCCAAGCCAGAGGCUGGGGAGCCCAGGACAAGGGUCAAGAGUGGGGCAUCCAGCCCUGUGUCUGGAUGCAGACGGAAGAGACACAGAGUAGAGGGACAGAAAGGCAAUGGAAUAUCAGGGACCACAGGGCUCGCCUUUCUGUAGGGGCCCAGGACUUUGGCCGUUCUAUUCUUGGGGCAGCAAGAAUCCUUCAACAUGGUCAGUCAUCCAGGGCUGUUCACAAAGGCACUGCAUUUUGGGGAAACUGAGGCAGAGGUGUGGCUGGCCUGUCCCAGUCCAAGUCUGUUGUCCAUGUAGAGAAGCAGCGGGAGCUCUCAGGGGAGCUUCCCAGUGCUCUGGGCACCAUGGAGUGGUACCUGGUUUCUGUGGGUGUCAUGGAGACAGAAAGAAGAAGCUGGCACUAAGCUGGUGACCUGGAGAUGCAGCCAGUUGUGGUUGCCUUGUCAGGGGUGUUAGCUCAGCACUGGGAUAGGUCCCUAUCCUCUGGAGACACCUGUGGCCAGUUUCCCCAGGCCCUGAGAAGGGAAAGCCCGCCGAUGGCUUCUUUGUCUCCCUUUACAGUUUCUGAUUUAUUGUAGGGAACAUAUGUCUCAUUUAAAAACUCUUGAGAAGCAGAAAUGAAACGGCCCUUCCCACACCAUUCUUUUCUGAGGGUGCUUUGUGAGUCCCACAGCCCAGGGUGCCCUGGGCCUGGCCACUGCGUUGACUAAAUAGGAAUGAAAGUGCCCAUCCAGCUGGUCCCGGGAGCCGGUGUUCAGCUGAUUUUCUGGGGUCCAGGUGCUUCCUAACCCAUCUCCUUGCUGCAGCAGCCAAUGCCAACACUAAGUCCCAACCCUUACCCUGAUCUGGACCUGAAAUUUCACCGUUAGGCCAUAACGUGUUCCACCCUUUGAUCCACAUUGUAUACCCAGCACCCCAGAGAGCUCCCAACAGCAUUCCCUGUGGGAGGGGUGAAUAAAUGGACAGAUGCACGUG